AUACCCACAAUUUAGAAUGUCAUGAUCGAUGUAAACAAUUUUGUUUACGUUUUUUAGAGGUGUGUGGAAAUACUAAAAGCUGAUUGGUUGUUGUUCAGUUGACCUAUAUGAAUGAGGACUGAGUCGCAGAGAAAAUGUCAGAUUCAGAGAGCAUCAAAAAGUUGUUUAAGGCAAGCCAUGACAUGAAGAAGAAAUCUUACAGUCCCUACAGCAAAUUCAGGGUUGGAGCGGCGCUGCUUUGUGACGACGGCACUGUUAUUACGGGUUGUAAUGUGGAGAAUGCCUCCUAUGGAUUAACGAUAUGUGCAGAAAGAACGGCCCUAACAAAGGCGGUAUCAGAGGGCCACAGACGAUUCAAAGCCAUCGCCAUCUCAAGUGACCUGAAGACCUCUUUUAUUGUACCAUGUGGGGCAUGUAGACAGUUUAUGGUGGAGUUUGGAACAGACUGGGAUGUAUAUAUGACCAAGCCUGACGAUACCUACAAACUGAUGAAGACAGGAGAGUUACUUCCAUUAGGUUUUGUACCGGAAGCCUUGGAGGAGGAAAGAAUCAGUCAAAUGGCAUGAGGCCCUUAAAUUAUUGCUAGAUAAAUCAGUAUUAUAUCUACUAAAGUGCGAGUCUAUCCACCUCGCUUGAGAUUAUGUUAUAAUCAGAAAAAAAAGAUGGGCGAAUAAGCAGAUAAAAUUGCCUAUGGUUCGAAAAAUAUUGCAUAAAACAAUUCUAACAAAAUAUUUUCUUUAAUAAUCUGAAAAGUAUUGAAAUAAUUCGUAUAUGAAAUAUCACACACAUACUAAAAAUAGUUGAUCUUUCCACCAAAACAGUUUAUGCCUGAGUAGAAUCCAAGAUUUCUACAUUAUUAAAAUAAUUAAGUGCAUAUUGUACAUAUUAUAAUAGAUCAAAGACUUUUGGUUGGACAAAGUUAGAAAGACAGUGCUGCAGCAGCUGCACCUGUUUCAUAUUUGCUUACACACACAAUGCAUGCUGGGGAAUAUUCGUGUCCAGAAAUUUGUUCAUCGAAUUUUAUUAUAUCACAAAUUUUAUUGAGUGGCAUCGAAUUUUAUUUCGUGGCCAUGAGUAAUUAACAAAAAUAUAUAUACAUCGUACCAUAAUAGUUGCACCAAGUAAGGUCCAAGAAAACUCAAUUUCUUUUUACUCUAGAAAAAUUUUUCUCUUGGAGAUAAUAUUCUGCUGAAAAAAAUUUGUUUACCAUGCAAGAAUUUAUAUCUUUAAAUCAAAUAUUAAAACUUCGAAUAUUUGAUUCAGAAUUGAACUUUAUUUUAUACACUUGAAGAUAUGGAUAUUCCACACACAUAAUUCGCCGAUGUUCUUUACCCUGUU